AUGAAAUGCAAAGAACAAAAAGCAUACCAACAGUUCUUAGAAGAAUUAAAGAACGAGUUCCCACUAUUUCGAAAAUACAGUGAUGAUUUUUUUUAUAGUAAAAAAAAGGAGGAACCACAAAGGGGAAGAGAAAGCUUAAAUUUUUCUUGUCAAAAUGGGAAAGUCCCAAAUGACACAAAGGAUGUAUGUAACUCCUUGGUGACAGAAAUGGAGAAGUCUUUCAAUUUGUUGGAACAAAAAAACAGAAUCAGUUGUAUAUGUAAAUUAUUUUUAAAUAACUACAGCCCAUUCACAAAUGGGUAUUAUGAUUAUAUUGACAACAAUUAUGUGAGUUCCGCCUUGGUCCAGGCGGCUAUGGAGAGGUAUGCCGCAGGGAGGGUGUCCCGGGAUGAACAUUCUGAUGCGGAGGGGCAUAUCAGUGAAAUCAAUGCGGUCAGUGCAGUCACACCACCCAGAGAAGUCGCCAGGAGGCCCCAUAAACGGGAAAGUGUUGGGGAUGCGGGCAAUGCGCUUGGGUGGAACAACGGCUGGGCUAGCGAUAGUGCAGGUGGCAAUGUGAUUGGCACUGUUGGGGGAGAUGUAAAUGGCAAUGUUGGGAGCGAUGCGAGUGCUGCUGAGAGUAGUAGCCCACAUAGUAGUCCCCGUAGUAAGCCACGUGGCAGCCCGCGUAUAACCCCAAGUGACAGGCGCAGCCGAAUUGGGAAGAGGAGCAGAAAGUACUACGAAACGGGCGCAAAGAUGAUCGGGAAGAGCCCACACAGAGGGAAGUACUCGGACAGGGGGGCUAAUGCGAAACGAGCGAAGGUGUGGGAGGGCGCGGUGAGAGGGGACAAGGGGGGGGACCCUAACGAGAGAGAAGUUAGCGAAGUUAGCGAAGUUAGCGGUGGGACCGGCAGGAGUGGCAGGAGUGGCGGGCGCUGUGAAACAAAUAGAUGCGGUAGAAGCUACUCCAGUGGCAGCAACCGAUCCAACCGGAGCAGCCACUCCAACGGGAGCAGCCACUCCAGCGCAAACGGAGACCUAAAGAAGUGCGUCCAAGACGAAGUAGACAACAAGGAUCACCUUGGCUUCUGCGACAUUUCGCUCGUCCCCUUUGCGGAUGAGGCAUUUUACAUAAACUACGGAUGUGUGAGCACCACCCGACGCGCCCGCAGCGCAGGCAGCGUGUUUGUGAUUGACGACGUCGAGGGGGGACGUGAAAAAAAGGAAAUGGCAAAAUGUAAAAGACGAAUAAUAUUCGGAAGGGAAGGAAAGAAAGAAUUUUUGCACAACAUAAAUGCCGAUUCAAUCGUGAAGGGAUGGAUUUAUAAAGCCGAUUCAAAGCACAAGUUCUUUCACGUUAGACUUUUUUCGGUGAGGAAUGACCCAGAUGGGAGCAGCGGGAGGAGGGUCACCGACAAAACGGAAAAUCCACAUACUUUCCAAUUUGUGGACAGCCUGGACAUGCAGGGCCUCCGCCUGGAAGAGAACCUAGACAAGUUCGUAGGCAUGAACAUACGAGCGAGAAUAUUCGACGAUGGAGAAUACAUUCGCUCUCAUUUUGAAGACCUCCUGGGGAGGUACCAGUUUCACUUCUUCCUAACUCUAGAGUGGAAGGGGCAUGAUGAUCACAUAAAAAAUGACAAGCUGGGGUUCCUGUCGACCGAGUUAAGUGAAAACACUUUAAUGGGUCAAAAACAAUGGGGAAAAAACAACCCCAGUCAGGUAGACAGUCUGUUACUAACCCGCCUGGAUGUACUCCUAUUUUCCUGCAAAAGAUUUAUGAGCAAAGAAAAUGUCAAGUACAAAGAAAAAUAUCUGUUCCUAAAUCUUCCCCAUUUAUCAUCCCUAAUUGAGUUCAAUUUUAGAAAUAAUUUUUUCCAAACACACAUUGGAAAUAUCACGACGAGGAAGCAGAAUUUAAUUUGGUCUCAUCAGAAAUUUAUGGAAGCUUUAGAAAUUUACAAAAAAAAUAGUAACUACUACAACUUUUUAAAACAUUAUUUCACCUUUGAUUCUGGAUCGAGUGCAUGCAGCUACAUCUACCUAAGUGAGAUAGACAAAUUUGAGGCAACAAAUGAGCACACUGCUUCUACCAAAAUGGGUGCGAAUAAACAUGUAGAAGAAAAGGAACCCAAUGGAGCUAACCCAAAACAGAAGAAUCACAUUUUAGAGAAAAAAAGGGAUAAAAUAUCCACAGGGGAAAAUUCUAGUAAUCUCAAAAUGGAAGGAAAUAAAAAUGGGAAAGGGUAUGAAGAUUAUUGGUUGUCACUAAGCGAUAGGGAAAAAAAUAUAGUGGAUAAAAUCCCCUUUUUAAAUUCUAGUGUGUACAAAACUAAGUGGAUAUAUGAUUUUUUUAACUGCAUUAAGUUAACCAUUAAUCUGAAUAAUUACCAUCUUUGGGGGAACUUCCUUCUCAGCUUGGUGCUGCUAGAGCUGAGCUGCUACACGGAAUCUUUCCUUUUUCUCUUCAGAAUUUUUAAAAUAAAAAAAAUGUUUUUGGAAAGCUACAAAUUGAAAAAUAUUAUUUGCACAGUCUUCAUAAGACGAUUAAAAAAAUACAUCGCAAAGGAACAUCUAUGGAAUGUCAUCGUAAACUACAGAGAAUACGAUUUGUUCAGCAUGAGAGAGGACAACUGCGAUGAGUACUGCAGGAAUAUAUUUGAGCGAAACUUAAGUCUGUUAUGCGCUUUGGAGAAGGGGUAG